UAGCAGCCGAGCGGAGCCCGGAGACCCGGGAUCUUCGUGUUGUUGAGCGCAAACGCGAAUAGCGGGUCGAGUCCGCCCGUCAUGACUGUCGAGUGACCACGGCGGCGGUCAGGUUUGACGCCCGCAGAGCACCGUGGCUGCAGCUCAAGUGACAGCGUCUGGGCACCGACGAAGCUUUUGUCUUCGAGGGGAAUUUUCAAGUGCAGGAUAGGCGUCUGGAGCUUCUGAACCAGAGUGCACACACACAAAAAAAAAAAAAAAAAAAAAACCCAACAUUGAGCCGGCUCCUAUUCAGCUACGACGCAGUGGCCAUUGCAGUGGCUAAAUGAAGAAUCUGUGAACAUGCGCGAGGGACGGACUCUACCUUUCACUUCGGUGACCUCCCCAGAUGCUUUGGCCCAAAGAAAGAUGGAAAGGACUGGGAAGAACUUGAGCCAAGGCUGCUGCACAGCACCCAUUCAGUGAGCCAACAGGAGAGCCUGCAUUACGCCACGUCGUUGAGCCUCUCAACCUUCCCUUUUGACCCCUCGACCUACAAGCACCAUGACCUCUGAGCUGGAGAGUAGCUUGACCUCAAUGGAUUGGCUCCCCCAGCUCAGCAUGAGGGCAGCCAUCCAGAAGGCAGACACAGGACACCACCACAGCCACCACCAUGGACACCAUCACCAUGGUCACCAUCACGGGCACGGGCCUGGCAAGAAAAUCGUGCACCUGGAUCCAGGAACGACGCUGGACCAGGAGGAAGCUGCACAGCACAGAGAUGGUAAACCGCCCUACAGCUACGCCAGUCUAAUCACUUUUGCCAUCAAUGGCUCGCCACGCAAACGGAUGACCCUCAGUGAAAUCUACCAGUGGAUCUGUGACAACUUUCCCUACUACCGAGAGGCAGGCAGCGGCUGGAAGAAUUCUAUACGACACAACCUGUCCUUGAACAAGUGUUUUCUCAAAGUGCCUCGCUCCAAAGACGACCCUGGAAAAGGUUCCUACUGGGCCAUAGAUACCAAUCCUAAAGAAGACACAGUACCCAGCAGGCCAAAAAAGAGACCGCGAUCUGGAGAAAGGGCAUCUACUCCUUACAGCCUAGAGUCAGAGUCUCUGGGAAUGGACUGCAUCAUGUCAGGAGGGACGUCUCCCACUCUGGCCAUCAAUGCUGUAACCAACAAGGUAGCGCUGUAUAACCCAGAGGCAGAAGGCAGUGAGAGCCCUGUGAGUCUGGGCGGCAGCCUGAGCAACAGUCUUUCAGAGCAGAGUUUGGCGUCCGUCAACCUUAACAACCUGAACACGGCCGUCAGCAGCGGCAGCAGUGUACACAGCUAUACACCAGUGAGUAGCCACUCAGAGCCCUCAUCCCAGUCCCUGAGCCUUCAGCAGCCCACCCAGCUUGCACCGCCUCCCCCUCCUCCCCCACAGCCCCAGUACGGUUUGCCCGUCCCAGAGUCACGGGACAAGCAGCUCUGUUUCUCGGACUUUGAGGACCUCAGCGCUUCUUUCCGCAGUCUGUACAAGUGCGUCUUUGAGCAGUCUUUCUCACAGCCAGCAGGUUUGAUGGGAAUGCCCGGUGACUCCAGCCAGCAGGCCCGGACCGCGUGCUCUUACCAGCACUCUCCCGGUGCGGGAAGCAGCGGUGGCCACCACCACCAACACAACCACGGCCAGGCGUCGCACCACCCCCACCACCAUCAGCAGCACCUCUCCCCUCACUCCUCCCACGGCCAGCACCAGGCGCACGUUCAGCAUGGUCAGCAGCACCCAACUCUCUCCCACCAGAGUCACACUGGACAGACUUGCCCCACAACCGGCAUCUCAUCAGACUGGUACCCCAACCUGGACUGGCUGAAGGAGAGCUGCCGCAUUGCUACCAGCUACAACUGGGCUGAUGUAGACCUCUCCCCAUUUCAAGGUUUAAAGGAGAUAAUGCGGCAAGCUGAGCUCAACAACUGGUCGCUGGACGCCACCCAGAUGGCCGACCUGUGUUCCUCCAUUAACCAGUUCUUCACAGCCACAGGGGUCAUCCGCCCUCAAGGCGCCGCCCACCCACAACCUCAGGUCCAACACCCCACACCACCAGGGGUGCCACAGCACCCGGCUCAGCCACAUGGGGCCAUGCACCCAAAGGCUAACCAGCACAGUCAGCACGGGCAACACAACCAACGUAACCAUCACAUCAGCACGGGGAACAUGUACAUGGACUCCAGACAGAACAUUUCCUCUCUGAUGGGCCCACCAGGAUACCCCCACAUGCCUCCCAUGAGCAACACGGCUCCCACCAUGACAGGUGACUCCUCCAUCGCUCUCUUAACAGGUCAUCACAGCCAGCUGAGCCAGCAGCAGCAACAACACACGCUGACUCCAGGACACUUCCAGGUGAGACGCAUGCUCGCUGCAGAUGAUAUCCAGGAUGACUUUGACUGGGACUCCAUUGUCUAAACGGAGCCGUCGGUUGAACAGAGAGAUGAAUAGAGAGACUUGAAACAAGAGAGAGACACAGAGACAUCAUGUGAUGACAGGUGAGGUAUGAAACUGGCCAGCCUGCUCCUUUCACCAGUGUGAAAAAACAAGAGACAAUCCAACAGAAAACAAACGGAAAGUAAUUUUUUCUCUGUUUUUGCUGGCCUUUUUUUUUUUUUUUUUUUAUUAUUUGCUGGUACAAAGUGUUUGAUGACUCUAAAGACAAUCAUUAAAAAAAUGACUCAAAUGGGAUUGGACCAAGCCAAGAUGUUAACAGACAUCGUCCAAAGCAAAAGGACGUUUGAAGCUCUCAUUUGAAUUGUCUCAUGUUGUGUCCCCCAGUUCCAACAGGGUUACAAGUCACCAAAGUGUUGUCGAAUUGUCGGUGAAUUAUUCACCUUUCAUUUUCUUCAAUCUUCUGUGUUUCCUGCUGCAGCUUGUGUCCCAUGUCUGCAAAAUUCAAGCCACUGUGGCUGAAAUGAAUAGAAACCAUUGUUUUCUUCAAAACUCCCUGCAGAAAAUAUUUUAACAUGUCACACACAUUCACACACAUUCAGCAGGUCUAACUACUACAUCCUUUUCUCCUCGUAACAUUUCUUUGUUCACUGAUACCAGACAUCUUUGUUGCUCUUCUACAUUCCAGUUAGAAGGAGGAUUUUUGAAGAAGAAAGUAACGAUGGUGUACCUGUUGGACUUGAAUCAGUAAUGGGUGAGUGGACCCCCACCUGCUGAUUAAAACAGGCACCAUUUGGCUUCCUCUGCCUAAAAAAAGUUCUAUGCUCCCCAAUCUGUUUUUUACACCAAUUCUAAACUUCUUUUCAGCUUAUUUGAUCAUUUUAAAUGUCAUUUUCGUGUGUGUGGGAAAAGUCCAUGAUGCCAUGUUCUCAGGGUGUUACAUUCAUAAACCUCUUCGCAUCUCUGCCAUUCAUAUCUCUUUACUGUAUGUGAGGUUAACUGUGUGUUGUACAGUCAGUGUUCGCUUCCUGUUGGCGAACAGCGAGCGUCCCAGUGAAAAGUUUAAAGUCUUCAUUUGUCAGCUUAUAAGCUAAACUCGUGAAAUACUGCGAAAUACGUUUCUCAGUAGUUCACACAACAGCCACUAAAUUGAAACAGAAUUCAAAAUGAGACGCUGGCUAGACUUGGACUUUGUCAACAGUAACAAUACAUUGUUUUCUGAGAUAUAAUUCAGUUUUUACUUUUACUUAUGACCAGGCAGAGAAGGCCAGCUGUGAUUUCAAGAUGCCUCAUUUUGGUGAAGAUGAGCAGUUUUUUGCACAACAUGAAGCUUGAUAGCAUCUAGUGAAUGAGAAAAAUAAAAGAAAAUGGUGAACAUUUUAUUUCUUUGUUUCAAAAGACAUUUAAAAAAAAUAAUAGAGCAGCAAAAGAGCAGAGACUAAGUAAAAGUUUCAAAAAUUCAAGUUUUUUACUGUGAUGUUUAAUUUUGUCUGUGUGUACAAGUGUGUAUAGUCCCCUCUGAUUUCCUUUUACAUACAGCUCCGUACAGCUCAAAAAAUACACAUAAGAAACAAAUACUUUGUUUAUAUUAAGUGGGUAUACAAUGAAAUAUGGGACCUUAAAGUGCUCUUUGGUUUGGAAGAUCUCAGUGUUUGGAUGGUUAAAACAUGGUCUCACUGUAGGGAAAAAAAAAAGAAAAUUACUCUUUAUUAUUGCCAUUAAAUGCUGUAUUACAGUGACCAGCAUAUAUAUCCUGUAUGUUUGUGUGUUGUUGUCCUUGUAAAUAACAGUAUGGUACUCCUCUGUUUGCCCUUGAAAAACACAGACUGAUGGAAACAGCAAAUGGAGAGAAAAUAUUUUGUUAUCUGUCUGUCAGGAGACACAGUAUGUACAUACCUUCAGUAUAUUGUAAAUAAGUGGUAAAGAAAAAAAAAAACUUUGGCGUUGCCGUUUUGUGUCAUAAAUAAUCUGUGGAUGGCGGUUCAACAGUUAAAAUCUGUUUCUGUGUUUAUUAAAAUGUCAUUGACCAUUUUUACUGCGCUAACGUCGAAUCUGCUGUCAUUAUUUCAUCAGCCGCCGGUGUGUUUGAAAGUUUUUACAAAGAAACUUUUAAUGAUGCUGGACAAGUUGCUGUGCUCUUCAGGACUCCAAAUCUAACAUGCUGCUUCAAUCUUUUGAUUUUUCAAGUGAAACAAAACUAAAAGAACUGAGAGAGAAUUAAUUUUGGGUUGCUCAGGUAUCUUUAUCUUCCUCGGCUUUGUGCUGUUUUGACCCCCGUAGCUUGUUGUCCAACAGGUGUCAGCCUAGGUCCAAGCAACAGUUUUGUUUUCCCGCCAUCGCAUGUAAACC